AUGAACUUGGCAUGCGUGUUCAAGUUUACAGCAAAACCAACUGUCAUCAAAAAGGUUGUGCCUGUAUCGAAAAAGAACAGAAUGCUGGAGCAAGUGCGUAUGAUGGAGCAAGAGAUGCAAGCCAUGGAAGAACAACUGAAGCUGCUCAACGUAGAAGUGCAUAUCCAACCACAAGAAAACAUCAGCGAUCUAAGCAGUAGCAGUAGUAGCAGCACCAGUACAAGCAGUGGCAGCUCUACGAGUAGCAUGAACGAAACCACCUUUGAGGACGUUGAUGAUGUGUCUAUCCAUUCCACAGCAACAGCAGCAACAAGCUGUGAAUGCACAGAUCCUUCGCAUUGUUCGCAUAUCCAUACAAAACGCAUGAAAAUCAGUCCUGCAACAACGUCAGCAUUGGUGAAAUCCACUUCCCAUCAAUGGCAACUGACAGUCAGCCAAGGACCUCAGGGCAUACGCUUCCAGACAUCCAUUCGCAGCAUCGCUGAUGUAGCCGUCUUUCUAACCGAAUCCUUACGCUGCUUUACCAAUGCAACACCUCUGCGAACACCCAACUACCACGCUGCAGAUCGCACACAACAACAACUACAGGUCACCAACAAGAUGCUCCAGAUUGAAAAAGUACUACACAGCUUCUUUAAAAAGAAGCAACAACAGCAACAGCAACAACAGCAACACUCUCGUCAGUUGCUGAUUGCACCAUCUCAGCCUGAUUCAGCUGAAGCCAGAACCGCAAUCAAAAGACAGCUGGUACAAUCUUAUUUUGCAUGCGCUGGAUUGAUCAGUCCCAUCUUCUCCAAGCCUUGCUUCUUACCGCUCUUGGAAGCACAUCCCAAUUCACUCACUGCAACCGCGUGCUGUGCAUUCGUUGCAUAUUCACAGUGCAAGCAUGUCACGCCUAUGGAUUGGCCCGUUUCGCGAGAGAGCUUUGCAGAAUCCUUACGACAGGAAGCCAAGGACAUGUUGGAGGAUGUGCUGUUUGAGCAGGAGCCUGACAUUUUGAUUGCGGGUGCUCUCAUGUUGCUGGCUCAAUGUGCUUUUAUCACACUGCAGAAUGGUGAGGGUCGAUUGUAUACCAGUCUGUGCUGGCGUAUGACGCUGCAGUUGAAAGACAAAUACGUGGACACCCUUCGCACAUUGGUACCUGAUUCACCUCACAUCACACCUCAGCAAGCUGUAGCAGAGUCAUGGCGACGCUUAUUCUACGCUGCUCGGUACCUGGAACUCAACAUGUAUAUGAUUUACGAUGGAUUGGCCGACUUUUCAUCCAUCUUGUUUGACAGUGGUAUUGGAUUGCCUGCUGUCUUGUCCAACGAGAGAGGCGAGGUGGAGCAGGCCACUCAAGUGUUUCACCACGUCGUGCGUCUUCACAACUGCCAAAUGUCGGCCCGCAGUGAUCAGCUCAAAUACCAGCUCUUUGCUGGCAGUCUCAGCACUAUUUCAGUCCAUGAUGUGGAGCGUCUUGAGAACCAGUUGAUCAGUUUUUGGAAAUCGCUGCCUGUCGAGUACCGACUCUGUGAUUCACCAUUAGAGUAUCUGCAGACAGAUCGUAUUCAGCAGUGCGAGAACCCUUAUGCCAUCUAUUUGAACCAGUUGUAUUAUGCGUAUUGGCUCACAUUGGAAACACGGCUCAUGCGAUCCCCCUCAUCCACCGAUCUACUGGGCGCCAAUAUGGAACGCUUUGACGGUGAGCGUGCACUGCUGAUCGUCUCUGUCAGCUGUGAUUCGAUUUCCAAGAUCUUCCAUGUGCUGUACUGUCGACUGCCAUGUUCCGUCGAGUUGCAUUGGCUGUUGAUUGCCAGUGAUGCCAUGGCUAUGCUGAAAAAGGCAGCUAAUCCACACAUCAAGGCACGCGCGCAAAAGAACCUCAAGAUGACAUUGCGAGUAAUGAAGCAUCGCGUACAGCAAACAGACCAAUUGGGAGGUGAUAACAACGAUGACUACAACUUGUGGAAGAACAUGCUGCCAUCAUCCAGCUCGCCAGAAGCCAGCAUAAGCACAAGCACCAGUUCAAGCAGUUUAGCUGGAUCUGAGGCCUCAGACGAGACUAUGGAUCAGUCAUCAUCAGCAUCAUCAGCAACAGCAACUGAAUUGAAACCAUCCAACGCCUACAUCAAAGAACUGAAAAAGACAUUUGCCACCUAUUUCCCUGAUUACGAACAAAAGCAACCACCACCACCAUCACCACCACCGCAAUAA